AUGGACAUCGAUGACAUCCUCACUGAGUUCGAGACCGGGGCUCGUGCUGCCACUAAAGAAAAGUCCGAGGAUCUCAAUCAGCAGAUGGUUACAGCCAUGCUUAACGAGAGAAUGGCCCCAGACCUCUUACCUUACAAGCACGAGUUGAUGAAAGAAGUGCUAACCAAGCUUCUGAACCAGCAACAAUAUCUCUUGGAUUCGUACGAAUACGGCGACUCCAACGCUGAGUCUGGAGUCCUCAAUGCUGACUUCAAACUCCAGUUGAUGAUAAUCGAAACGGAGAUCGAGCGCUUGAGUUACUUGGUUAGACUCUAUGUCCGUACAAGAUUGGCCAAGAUCGACAAUUUCACCAUCUUUUACAUCAACGAGACAUCUAACGAGCCCCAGGGUGCCCCUUCCUUGAUGACUGACCAAGAGAAGUCAUACAUGCAUAAGCACUUCAAGAUCUUGACCCAGCUUUACAACAACAGCUUCCUCAAGAAAUUUCCUGAAUUCCUCACCUUCUUGGACGACUCAGCAGGAAACCAAAACAUGAUUACCACCCCAGAAUUGAACCAGCCCGUAUUUAUUCGUGUGAUACGACAGAAGCCAAUCAUUCUCAACUUGGGUCACGAAGGCGAGUUGGAGCUCGUCCAUAAAGGUGUAUACGUGGUGAUCUACCGUCUUAUCAAACCAUAUUUAGAUCUUGGCGAAAUCGAGUUGAUUUAG